CGGACGGACGGGGCGGCUCUUCUUCCUCCUCCUCCAGCCGCAGCAGCCGCCGCGGGAGCCGCCGUCCGGGGCUUUGGGCUCACAGGGUCAGCGACAAGACGAGAUUAAAGCAGGCAUGGAAGGCCACAGAUACAAUUAUUCCAGGGAGUUGUACGAUCGGUCUGCGCGCCAUCAGGAGAAGUCGGUGGUGAACAAAAUGCAGCAGAAAUACUGGAAAACCAAGCAGACACUUUUUAAAGUCACAGGGAAGAAGGAGGAUGAGCAUGUGGUGGCCUCAGACGCGGACCUGGAUGCCAAACUGGAGCUGUUCCACUCAAUCCAGAGAACGUGCAUGGAGUUGCUGAAAGCAAUCGAACUCUAUCAGAAGAGGAUCUGCUUCCUGUCGCAGGAAGAGAGCGAGCUGGGGAGAUUUCUGCGCGCCCAGGGCUCCCAGGACAAAACCCGCGCGGGCAAGAUGAUGCAGGCGGUGGGCAAAGCCCUCUGCUUCUCCUCACAACAAAGGCUGGGCCUGCGCAGCCCGCUGGGCCGCCUGCACCAGGAGGUGGAGACUUUCCGUUACCGGGCCAUCUCGGACACGUGGCUGACCGUCAACCGCAUGGAGCAGAGCCGCACGGAAUACCGCGGAGCCCUCCUCUGGAUGAAGGACGCCUCCCGGGAGCUCGACCCCGACCUCUCCAAGCAGCUGGAGAACUUCCGCAAGGUGCAGUCCCAGGUCCGCCAGGCCAAAGUCAACUUCGACCGGCUGAAGACGGACGUGUGUCAGAAGGUGGACCUCCUGGGAGCCAGCCGCUGCAACCUCCUGUCCCACGUGCUCACCACCUAUCAGACGACGCUGCUGCACUUCUGGGAGAAGACCUCACGCACCAUGGCCGCCGUCCACGAGAGCUUCAGCGGCUACCAGCCCUACCAGUUCACCACUCUCAAGAGCUUACAAGAGCCGGUCAAUAAGCUGACCAAGAAGGCCAAGAGGCCGGACAAGACGCCCCGAGGCCCGGCAGCCAACGAUCCGGCGGCCACCGACCACGCCGGCCAGUUGAUUCUGUUAGAUGAGGACACCCACAAUAACAAAUCCCCUUGUCUGACGGAAGAUGGCAGGCGGGACAACUUUCGGGCUGGAGAAGGGAGCCUCCCGUCUCAAGGGGAACCAAGAGCAGUCGCCACCGACCAGCUGCUGGACCUGAACCCCGAGCCGAUGGGGCGGCCUGGUGGCCUGAGCCUCCCCCCAGGCUCCCCGCCGGCCCCCACGGAGCCUUCCAGGGCGGACACGGACGACCUGGCCCUGCUGUCCCAGAUCCUGGACGCGUCGGCGCUGGACGAGGGGGACUUCGGACGGGAGUGGACGGCCGUGUUCGGGGACGGCCCGGCCCCGGCCCCCGGCCCCGAGCCCGGGGACGGCGACACGCCGCCCGGCCUGGCGGGAUUCCUGCCCUCCCAGCUGCUGGACCAGCCCGGACGCGCCCAGAGGAUGCUGCCGCCCUCCGGGGAUGGGUGGCCCACCGCGGAUGCCCGGCCCCCGGCCCCCGACCCCCAGCCCGGCCAAGCCAACCCCAGCAAGCUUCCCGGCAGAGGCCCCGCCAGGAACCCCAAGGACCUGACGUCCUGGUUCAGCCUCUUCGCCGACCUCGACCCGCUGUCCAACCCCGACGCCGUGGGCAAAACGGGCAAAGAUCACGAGCUGCUCAACGCCUGAGCCCACCGCCGCCGCCCGCCCCGGGGGGACACAAGCUCCCGCUGCCCGGCCGUCGGUGGACGGGUGGACAGGCGGGCGGGCGCGGGGGGCCGGCCCCGAUUAAU